AUGGAGAGGACAAUUUCCCAAGUGUGCAUAAUAUUUUUCACUACGACGCUGAUCAUCAGUCUAAUGUGUUUCACAAGUGGAGAGACAACAGAUUUUUGUGGCAGCAUGGAUAUACGAAGUGACGUGAGCCAACUCCGUAAAUUAGAGAACUGUACAAUCAUCCAAGGUAAUCUACAGAUAUUGCUUAUGUUUAGCACCAAGCCCGAGGAUUUUCGAGGCCUGAGUUUCCCUCGUUUGACAAUGAUCACAGAGUAUCUUCUCCUUUUUCGAGUCUAUGGCUUAGAAAAUUUGCAGGAACUAUUUCCAAACCUCUCUGUGAUCCGUGGCACUGACCUGUUUUUCCACUACUCCCUGGUUAUCUUUGAGAUGCCUCAUUUACGGGAUAUAGGACUUCACAGUCUCACCAACAUACUACGAGGCGCAGUCCGUAUUGAGCGUAACCAGGAGCUCUGUCACAUCUCCACCAUAGACUGGUCACUGUUGUCAGACGCAGUGGACAACCACUACAUUGUUGGGAACAAGCCAGUAGAGGAAUGUACGGAUGUGUGUCCGGGUGUUCUGAAAUCCUCAUGUGUGAAGACUGUAAUAAAUGGAGUGCAGGAACCUAGGUGCUGGACAUCUCGUCACUGCCAGAAAGUGUGUAACUGUGGCAAAGACACAGCCUGUACGAGCAGUGGAGACUGCUGUCACCCCGAGUGUCUGGGAGGCUGCAGUUCCCCUGGAGACAGUGAGACCUGUGUGGCAUGUCGUAAUUUCUUCUUCAACGGUCAGUGCUUGCCUUCCUGCCCAGCCAACACCUACGAAUAUGAGGGUUGGAGAUGUAUCACAGCAGAGUAUUGUGCCAGCUUGGUCAAAGUCUCGGAAAACCCAAGGGAGUCUUUCAAGUUUGUCAUCUAUGAGAAUCGAUGUCUCUCUGAGUGUCCAUCGGGAUACACCAGGAAUGAGAGCAGUAUUGUCUGCCAUAAGUGUGAAGGCCACUGCCCGAAAGUUUGCAAAGUUGGGACUAAAGCCAUCGACUCCAUGGAGACUGCAAAUGAGCUGACUGGCUGCACCUGCAUUGAAGGAAGUCUGAUCUUCAAUAUCCGCCGGGGCAAUAACCUGGCUACCGAGCUCCAGAGAAGUUUGGGUCUUAUUGAGACCAUCACCGGCUUCCUGAAAAUAAAGCAUUCCUUUGCUUUGGUGUCCCUGUCCUUUCUCAAAAAUUUAAAACUGAUCAGAGGAGAUGCCAUGGUGGAUGGAAAUUACACAUUGUAUGUGUUGGACAAUCUAAACUUACAACAAUUAUGGGAUCCAAACCAUGAGAGCCUCUCUAUUCCCACUGGAAAACUAUACUUUGCCUUCAACCCCAAACUCUGCUUGUCAGAGAUCUACCACACAGAAGACCUAACUGGAACAAAGGGGAGACAAAACAAAGCUGACAUCAAUCCCCGUACUAAUGGAGACCGGGCCUCAUGCAAGACUGAAACAUUAAAAUUUGUGACAAAUAUGACUGAAUCAGACCGCAUCUUCCUAAAAUGGCAGCGCUAUAAGCCAGAUAAAACUGAUCUCAUGAGCUUCGUUGUCCUCUACAAAGAAUCACCUUUCCAGAACAUAACAGAGUAUCUUGGACAAGAUGCCUGUGGUGCCAACAGCUGGAAUGUUGUAGACGUAGAGCUACCUUGGAACACUGAGCAAGAGCCAAGUAUUACAUUACUAAACUUAAAACCUUGGACACAGUAUGCAAUAUAUGUCCGGGCCAUUUCUUUGACUACAGCGGAGGAAGGACAGAGCUUUGGUGCUCAGAGUGAUAUUGUUUACAUAUGGACCAAACCAGCAGCACCAACCAUUCCUCAAGAUGUUAUGAUCAUGUCCAACUCCUCAUCUCAUCUAAUUGUUCGAUGGAAGCCUCCAACACAACGAAAUGGGAAUCUAAGUUAUUACCUGGUGCUCUGGCAGCAGAUGGUGGAAGAUCAUGAACUGUAUCGCAAUGAUUACUGUACUAAAGGUUUGAAGCUUCCUACCAGCAGUGCUGAUACCAGGUUUGAUAAUGAUGAAGAGGACAAUCCAGAUGCUGAAGAUAAAUGUUGUCCAUGUCAAAAAAAUGGUGACCAGUUGGUAAACAUAAAUGAGGAGUUCUUUCAAAAGAAGUUUGAGAACUUUCUGAGAAACACUAUCUUCAUACCAAAGCCUCCAUGGAAAGUGACUUUAAUCAGCAAGAAUAAUCAGAGGUCUCAAAAGAAGAGAAGGGAUGUGUCUGAAAUACUCGGAGAAGCUCAAGGAAAUAUUUCAUUAGUGGAGGGAACUGUAAGUCACACCAUCAACAACACUGCAAUGGAGUCCAAGCCUUAUACCUACAAGGACAAGAUCUUCCGUGACCGAAUGGUUAUAUCUAACCUUAGACACUUCACAGAGUAUAGGAUUGACAUUCAUGCUUGUAACCACGCUGCAGACAAUGUUGGAUGCAGUGCCGCAACCUUUGUAUUUGCCAGAACUAUGCCUAACCCACAUGCUGAUAACAUUGCUGGUAACAUUACUUGGACACCCACAGGACAUAAUACCAUACUAAUGAAGUGGGAAGAACCAGAAAAUCCCAAUGGUUUAAUCUUAAAGUAUGAGAUAAAGUACAAGCGGGAACAUGAUGAAGGACCUUCAACGGUGGUAUGUGUCUCCCGCCAGAAAUUCCAAAGAUACAAGGGUAUCCACAUGACUCUUGUUCAACCUGGGAACUAUUCAGCUCGCAUCAGAGCCACGUCCUUGGCAGGCAAUGGGUCAUGGACAGAGCCUAUUGUCUUCUUUGUGCUUGGCCCAAAAGAAUCCCAGUCUGAGAACUUUUACCUUCUCCUCAAAGUGAUGCCAAUAUUACUUUUGCUGAUUAUCGUUUGCCUAGGUCUGUUCAUCUUCUUCCACAAUAAGAAAGGAAAGAAUGAUGGCUACCCAAGUGGUGCGCUGUAUGCCUCUGUUAAUCCGGAGUAUUUUAGUGCCUCGGAGAUGUACAUUCCUGAUGAGUGGGAGUUUCCAAGAGACAAAAUUACCAUCAUCAAAGAGCUUGGACAAGGUUCAUUUGGCAUGGUGUAUGAAGGGGAAGCCAGGGACCUUGUGAAAGGAGAAUCGGUGACCAGAGUGGCUCUAAAGACAGUCAAUGAAUUGGCCACCAUGAGAGAGAGGAUAGAGUUUUUGAAUGAAGCAUCUGUGAUGAAAGCAUUUAUCUGUCAUCAUGUGGUUCGUCUACUAGGCGUGGUGUCACAAGGACAACCGGCUUUAGUUAUUAUGGAGCUCAUGACCAGAGGAGAUUUGAAAAGUUAUCUACGUUCUCUCAGGGGAGAUGAUGAGAAUACAGUUAAAGCCACUCCUCCAUCAUUAAAGGAAAUGAUCCAAAUGGCGGGUGAAAUUGCUGACGGGAUGGCAUAUUUGAAUGCCAAAAAAUUUGUGCAUAGAGAUUUGGCAGCCCGUAACUGCAUGGUAUCAGACAACCUUACUGUAAAGAUUGGAGAUUUUGGCAUGACGAGAGAUAUUUAUGAAACAGACUACUACCGGAAAGGUGGAAAGUCCCUACUUCCUGUCCGAUGGAUGUCUCCAGAAUCUCUUAAAGAUGGAAUCUUUACCCCAUACUCAGACGUCUGGUCUUUUGGGGUAGUCUUGUGGGAAAUUGCCACCUUAGCAGAACAGCCUUAUCAAGGCUUGGCCAAUGAGCAGGUCCUCCAUUUUGUUAUGGACAGUGGAAUUCUGGAAAAGCCUGAAAAUUGUCCUGAUAGAUUACAUGAAUUGAUGCACUGGUGCUGGCAGAAGAAUCCCAAAAAUCGCCCAUGUUUCAUUGAGAUCUUGGAGAGUAUAAAAGAGGAUUUACAACCCAGCUUCCAGCAGGUCUCUUUCUUCUACACCACCUACCUUAAACGUAGACAAUCAGUUGAAAUGUUUGACCUUGAAUCAGAUCAGACACGGAAGAACCUGUUGGAAAGCUUGCCCCCAUCAUCUUCUUCAUUCAUAAAUUUUUCACCCUUGCAUACAGUUCAGAAGGACGAUGCCUUACAUGCUAUACAUUCUAAAAAGAGUCCUAGUGCCAGAAAGAACAUUUAUCACAUGAAUGGGAAUGCAAAGCACUAA